AUGAAGAAGUGGUGGUCUUUGGUGAUUGAAGGUAAAUGGAUGAGAUCGAUUGAUCUAUAUUAUCAGCACCAAAUUGACACUCAUGUGCCCAUUGAAAUCACGGAUUCAAAGAUGGCUGAGAAUUUGGCAGAGGGAGAUUUUCGUCAGAAUCUACCAAGGUUCCUACUUGAGAAUCUUAAGAAUAAUAAAAUGUUGUACGAACGAGUUAGUGCGAUUGCAGUAAAGAAAGGGUGCACUCCAUCACAACUAGCAUUGGCAUGGGUUCACCACCAGGGGAAAGAUGUUGUGCCCAUACCAGGAACCACUAAAAUUGAAAACCUUCAGCAAAACAUUGGACCAUUAUCUGUGAAACUAAACCACAAGACAUGGCUGAACUUGAAUCUCCACUGGGUUUAUGCUAUUACAAGAGAAAGGGAUACACUACGUAGAGAGCAAAAUAAAAGAAGUGAUGCCACUGCGCUUCUAAAGGAAAAGGAUGACAUAAUCACUCAAGUUAUGGAAGAGGGUGAAAAGCUUUCAAAGAAACAAGCUGUUCAAGAGUAUACAAUAAGAAAACUACGGGCACAGAUUAGAGAGUUUGAAGAAGAGAAGAAAGGAUUUAUAAGCGAGCUACAGGCUGAAGAGAACAAAGUGGAAAAUUUGAAGAGUAAGAAAGCAGCCACAGAGAAACUGCUGCAAGUAUAA